AUGGAUCUAGAAACUCUCGUUGCUGAAUGCCCAAAUAGCAAGCAGCAAAGACCAAAGAUUGCAGAGGAGGGAUCCACCAUUUCAUGUGUGGUGGAACGAACCAGAGGAGCUCUGGAUUAUGUGCAUGUUUUUUAUACCAUCUCACAGAUCGGAUCUGAAGGCAUUAAUUACCUUGUUGAUGAUUUUGCUAAUGCCAGUGGAACUAUCACGUUCCUUCCUUGGCAGAGAUCUGAGGUUCUGAAUAUAUAUGUUCUUGAUGAUGAUAUUCCUGAGCUUAAUGAGUAUUUCCGUGUGACGCUGGUUUCUGCAAUUCCUGGAGAUGGGAAGCUGGGAUCCAUCCCCACCAGUGGUGCAAGCAUAGACCCUGAAAAGGAAACAACAGAUAUCACCAUCAAAGCUAGUGAUCACCCAUAUGGCUUGCUGCAGUUCUCCACAGGGCUGCCCCCUGAGCCUGAGGACGCGAUGACCCUGCCUUCAAGCAGCAUGCCUCACGUCACCGUGCAGGAGGAAGAUGGAGAAGUGAGACUAUUGGUCGUCCGGGCACAAGGACUCCUGGGGAGGGUUCUGGCGGAAUUUAGGACGGUGUCACUGACAGCAUUUAGUCCUGAGGACUAUCAGGUAAAUCACUUGAUCAUUUGGAAGCCAUAUUUAUCAAAGAGACUCAGUCCUUCCCUUGCGGGAGUGGAAGAGACUUGCACUGGUCCCCUGUUAUACUCAACAAGCAAAAUAAGCGCUGAUGGAUUGCUCUCUAGCCUGUUGAUUUCUACAAAUUCAAGUACUUCAGUCCUUUAA